UGCCCGGAUGCGGCGCGCGGGGCGGCGGGCGCGGCCCCCGCCAUGGCGGCGGCGCGGUGAGAGAGGGGCGCGCUGCGGGGCGCGGCGGCGAGGAUGCCGUUGGUCUAUGUGAUCGCGCUCUCGGCGCUGGCCGGCUGCCUCCUCACCCUCCUGCUGCAGCUCCUCCUCUUCUACAGAAAGAAACCGGAGCCUCCCGCCGCCGCUGGGGCUGCCGGCGGCCUCGUCUACGAGCGCGUCGCGGCCGAACACGGCCUCAGGGAGUACCUGCAGGGUUCGGAGCCCGCCGGCGGCCGGGCCUCGCCGGAGCCCGGCCCGGAGCCCGGCGCCAAGCAGCCCCAGCAGGCGGCGGAGCCCCCCCCGACCCCCUCGUCCCGCGAGGAAACGUGCCACUUCCUCAAUGCCAUCUUCCUUUUCCUCUUCCGGGAGUUGAGGGACAAGCCCCUGGUCAGGCACUGGGUCACCAAGAAGAUCAAGGUGGAGUUCGAGGAGCUGCUGCAGGCCAAGGUGGCUGGGAGGCUGCUGGAGGGGCUCAGCCUCAGGGAGGUGUCUCUUGGCAACGUGCUCCCCGUCUUCAAGGCUGUCAAGCUGAUCCGACCCGUGCUUUGCAACGAAGAGGGGUGCCCCGAGGAGCUGGGCUUCGAGGUAGACCUGGAGUACAACGGCGGCUUCCACUUGGCCAUCGAUGCCGACCUGCUCUUCGAUAAGUCGGCCUACCUCUCCGUCAAGAUCUCCCGGGUGAUUGGGAAGCUGAAGCUGGUCUUCACGCGCCUGCCCUUCACGCACUGGUCCUUCUCUUUCAUGGAUGACCCCGUCAUACUGUUUGAGGUGACGUCUCAGUUUGAAGGGAGGCCCAUGCCACAACUCACAUCCAUCAUUGUCAACCAGUUCAAGAAGGUUAUUAAGCGCAAGCACACCUUACCCAAUUAUAAAAUCAGAUUGAAGCCAUUUUUUCCAUCUCAAGUUGUGCCACCUGAUGAAUAUGAAGACAGAGACUUCUGUAUUCAGGAUUUGCUGUUGACAGAAGGUCGACUAAGAGUUACGUUAAUUGAAUGUACGAGAUUACUCAUAUUUGGAUCCUAUGAAAGAGAAACGAAUGUCCAUUGCACAAUGGAGCUGAGCAGCAGUGUUUGGGAAGAAAAAUCAAGAAGUUCAAUUAAAACGGCAGAACUAGUGAAAGGGAAUCUGCAAAGCGUUGGACUCACGCUCCGCCUCGUGCAGUCCAAGGAGGAAGAUGCAGGGCACGUUGUUAUUGAAACCGUGACUCCAAACUCGCCUGCUGCAGCUGCUGAUCUACAGAGAGGAGACAGACUUCUAGCGAUUGGCGGUGUUAAAAUCACAUCAACUGUCCAAGUGUUGAAGCUCAUUAGACAGGCUGGGGACAGAGUUUUAGUCUUUUAUGAAAGGCCAGUUGGGUAUAAUCAGCACGGUUCAUCACUGCAGGAUGGAUUUGGACAAUUGGAAGACUCUGCCUUCUUGACCCAGCCAGAAGAUGACCAAGCUAGUAUAUCAGCCGAUGUUGAUAACAGAGAUUUUGAUUCAGAAUUUGAGGAACUGGCUUGUGAAUUACCCGACCAAAAAGAAGAUCUGCCGACUACCGUGAGUCCCAAACGUUCGGUAGUAACGCUUGCUGCUAAACCACUUGGAACUAUAUCUCCAAUUCUGAAUCGAAAACUGCAUUUAGGAAACUAUCAGACAACAUCAAAGACGCAACAAAAAGAUGGAGCUAAAGUGGCAACACCCAAAACUGUUGAGAUUUCAGAAUCAUCACAGCAAUCGGGUAAACAAACACAAGGAUCCGGUACAAAGCCUCCUGUGCCACCUCGGCCACAAAGUAAGCCUGUUUUGUCUACUAGCGAGACUCAAAAUCUGUUAGAAAGUGGAGGUGUAUCCUCUGAGAAACCAGAGAGGCCUCCUCCACCUGCAAAUAAUGGAGAGAAAUGUACAGAGAAGGUAGUAAAAACCAGUGAUCAAAUAGAAGACCCAACGGUAUCAAAAGUAAUAGCAGCACCAAAACAAGAUACAUCUAAAGAGGGACUUCCAGAAAAUGCACGUAGUUACAAAGAUAGUGGAGAUGAUCAUAAAACAUGGGAAUCACCAGAAAUUCCUUACAAAACCCGGCAAGGCCAAUGGCCAAGGACGAGAACAUCCUCCUGUCUGUUUGAGGUAGAAAGAUACCAUAAGUACCUUAAUGUUGCACUGUGGUGCAGGGACCCUUUCAAAGCAGGUGGGUUCAUCUGCUUAGGAUAUGCAAGCAUAAAACUUGAAGAAAUCGCUUUAGAUGCUAUAGCUACAUCCUCAAUGGAAUAUAUUGGAACGUUUAAACUGGAUCCGCCUGCACCCAAAGCAGCAGUCACUAGAACAGCAUUGCGGAACUUGACAACGCACAAGGGAUUCAAUGAAAAAUUUUGUUAUGGCGAUAUAACUUUACACUUCAAAUAUUUAAAAGAAGGUGAAGUCGAUGAUUCAGCCUUUCUCUUGGAGAAGGAAAGGGAAUGUCACUUGGAAGAAGAAGCUCGUACAGUCCAGAAAGAGGAUCCUUAUUUGGGACAAAUUAUUUUUACAGAGAACAAGCAUAACUUUCAAGAUACUCAGUUUCAGAACCCAACGUGGUGUGAUUACUGCAAAAAGAAAGUGUGGACUAAAGCAGCUUCGCAGUGCAUGCUCUGUGCUUACGUUUGCCAUAAAAAAUGUCAAGAAAAAUGUCUAAGUGAGACGCCCUUUUGUGUCGGAGCUGAGAAGCGGCUUGAUCGAACUGUGGGAGCUUGUAGAGCAGAAGCACAGGAAGCUCCCCAAGCUGCGUCCUCUCGUGUUGAUUCAGAAUCCAAAUCUGUUAACAGAACUACAGGUUUGACCAGGCAUAUCAUCAACACAAGCACUCGCUUGUUAAACCUGCGUCAGGUUCCCAAAACUCGCCUUUCGGAGCAAGGACCAGAGGCGGCAGACCGUUCACCAAAGCACACACCAAACACUUCUGAUAAUGAAAGUAGCGAUACUGAAAUCAGUGGGCCAAGCAGUCCUUCCAAACGUGCAGGAGGUACUGGGAUAAAGUUGGUCCAAAAAGAGGGCGGUCUGGAUGACAGCGUCUUCAUUGCGGUGAAGGAGAUCGGACGGGAUCUCUAUAGAAGUUUACCCACAGAGGAGCGUUUGCAGAAAUUAGAAUUUAUGUUGGAUAAGCUACAGAACGAGAUAGACCAGGAGCUGGAAAACAAUAAUUCACUUGUUAAAGAAGAGAAGGAGACAACCGAUGCAAGGAAAAAAGCCUUGAUUUCUGCUGCACUGGCUAAGUCUGGUGAAAGACUGCAGGCCCUUACGCUGCUGAUGAUCCACUACAGGGCAGGCAUCGAGGAUCUUGAGUCUUUGGAGAACAUGUCAGUAGAGCGGCAAUCCAAGCGAGUGACUAAAGAUGCAGAGGAAUCCAGUCUAGCAGAAGAAAUGGAUAAUGAAGAUGUCGGUCUGAUGGAGGCUCCAACAUGCAACAUCAUAUCGGAAGAACCAGUUGAUCCUCCUGAUGCAGUAGGCUGAUAGUUAGGUAUUUAACCUUUGAAGGAUUGGACUAAAAGAUUACUUUGCACUUAAACACACAAAUUAAAUUAAAACACUGGUAUAACGUACAUGUCCUGCUUCUCCACAGUUAUUUGCCUGUGUAAGAGUACGGCUAAUUAUGGUUCUUCUCCAGCUACAGCGCCAUCGUUUGGUUAAACUGGCUGGGUGAAACUACAGUUUGGGGUUUAUAUUGGAAAUUUAUUUUUAAUAACUUAUUUUUAUUUUUUCUAAGUAUGCAACCUUACCAUUUCAUGUCCAUGCGUGGUGUCCUGUGUGUAUUAUUUGCCCCCCUCUCCCUCCUCUAUUAUUUUUAAUUUGAGCCAGUGUUUUCAACAGGAAGCUGGCAGAAGUUUUGAAACGUUUUGUUUCCAUUCUGUGAUGAAAACCAAAUAAGCUUGUUGCAUGCCGAAGCUGACGACUGACACAGAAAUCACUGAGGGACCGGGCUUUACGGUGUUAAUCAUGGUUAAUGUGCGUCUUGUAGGUAGUUGUGUCUUUUUUGCCAAACACGCCAUGGAAGCAAACAAAAGGUCAUUUUGUUUUGUCUGUUAUUAAUAUUUACCACAGUUAACAUUGCAUAUCAUUUGUUUUCUAUAUUUUUAAUACAAGAACCUUUCACAGUUCGGAUUUAACAUGAAACGUAGUAAUGCUAUGCUAAAAAUAGUCCUCCUUAGAACUUUGGGCUAUUGUAUCGCGGUUGAAUAAUGAUCUGUGUCAAAGGACGUACCAGUAUCUCGUAAUGAUUUAAUUGGGAAUGUUUGAGAUAAGAAGCUGGCUUCCUUAAAAAGCAAAAUGACAUGUUUUGAGUGUUGUUGUGUUAUCUCAUAACUAGAUAAAGGAGAAUUGUUCUUCACAGGAGCUGGAGGUUUAAUUUCAUUCUAUUAAAAAGUAUGUGAUGAUGGUUUAAGUUAAAAAAAAGUAAUAUUUUGCUGCAGACUUUGUAAUUUCCAAAGGCUUAAGGUACAAAAUACUUUACAAAAUGGCAUUUUCUCAAUGCUUUUGAGUAAUCGUAGAGUGGCAAGUCGUGUUCAGCUUGUCACGCACAGGAGACAGAGCAGAAAGAUUGCGUUUGUCAGAAGAAUGUCUUAUAGUGUGUAUAAUAGGUUGUGUUUGGGUCAAAAGAAGCGAGUAGAGAUGAGGAAGACUUUCAGCCAGCAGCUUCUGAGAAGAACUGUCUGGUCUUGUGCUACGUGUAAACCGUGGAACUUAGCAUCACCUGGCUAAGGCUGUUGUUCUUAUUUAUUUCCUGUAAACGUGUCUUUGUUCCAUCUUCUAUGUAUAGAAAUGCCACAUCAAAUAUAUCAUCUUUAUUUUAGGUACUGCAUUAGGUACUGGUAUCGUUAUCACUGGUAGUAGGAAAAAAAAAAAAAAGCCUUUGUGGAAAUGGAAUUGAAUCUGAGAUGGUAAAAUAACUCAUUGAAAUCUUCAGGUAAUGUACCUCUCCGUUAAAUUUGCUACUUGGUUUCUUUUGUGAUGGGUAAAACUAAGAAGCAGUGGGUUUCACAGAUGGAAAAGCCUACUUGUGCUUCUAAAAAAAACGGAUACUUCCACUCAUGCAAGUAUUGCACUUUUUGUGAGUUCUGGGCAGUUGAUACUUAGGUGAUGUAUGGAAAACACUAUCCAUGCUAAAAUAAGCAUGUGACACACUUUUAAAAUUAAGCUUCAGCAAAUAAUCGCACAAAAUUAGCUUCCCUUAUUGACUAAAAAUUAUUUAACCUAUACUUGCUUGAGAUGCCUAUUAAGAACUUCCCCACUCCAUUCUCUCGGUGGCUUUACCAUUGGUGGUGAUCUGCAGUCAAUCUCCAUCAGUGUUUGCUCUUACGGACUAUAAAGGGUUUCAGAUAUAUCCCAGUACUUGAUUCAAACCCUGAUACACAUGAAGGAGCUGUGAAAACAAUGCAAAUACUCAUUUAAAAAUGCAUUCAUAUGCAUUUAAAUUGACUCGUGUAACGCAGUGGGUGAGAAAAGCUGAGUAUGGUUUUCCUUGUAGAGCAUUGCUAAUGAUGAUUGGGAGAGAGAAAUUCAACGUAGUGCAAUAUUUUUAAAGCUGCCGAAUGGGAAAGGGCAAAGUAGUUGUGAUUAAGUUUAGUGAUUAAGAAGGAAAACAUAAACUCCCAUUUGGCAUUAAUUACAAAAAGCGGUGAAUCUCAAGGGGAAAAUUGUAAUACUACAUUCCUGGUGUAAUCUUCGCUUCGUGCUUGACUGUAAAUAGCUGAAAAUAAAGAAUACCACAGAAAACAAGAAUAUCUUGACUUAAUGAUAUCCAAAUAGGUGGCAGCUACACACAUUUGCAGAAGAUCUGCCUAAUAUGAUUUUGUUGGCUCUUAUUUUAUCAUGAGAAUAAGCUUUAAUAA